CAUGAAUAGCACUGCAUUUUACCGAUUUUCUCCAACCAACAUUUUAUAACUUAUUUAGUUGUAGAAUUUUAAACAGACAUUUUGGGUUUGGUCUAGUUAACGGCGUUGACGUUUUUAUACAACUAAAAUUCUACGAAACUGAAGCUCUAAGCUAAACAACUUUAUUCCAUCCUACAUUCAGUGAAUCGUUAUGUCUGGCGACACAAAACGCUUACUUAAUCGGUUUGGUGACUAUGAAGACCCUACCAAUAUGUCAGUCGAUGACUGGAAGAAGAGAUGGGACAAAGAACAGACUGAGUUCCAUUUGCCGAAAGUACACCCAAUGCUUGAGAAACACCUCGGAGCGUUGGUGCAAGGGCGCAGCAAGCUUCGAUUCUUUAUACCACUGUGCGGCAAGUCUGUGGAUAUGAGAUGGUUACUGGAACAAGGUCAUGGGGUGGUCGGGUGUGAAGGGGUGGACAAAGGUUGUCAAGAGUUUCUCCAAGAAAACAAAAUGAAAUAUACGGCUAGCCCAAUGAAGUCUUGCGAGGGAACUGUCUACCGGUCGCAAUGUUCUCCUCUCACCUUAUACAGAUGCGACGUCUUUGAUCUUAGAAGAGAAGACGUUGGCCAGUUCGACUGUAUAUGGGACCGAGGAUCAUUUGUGGCAAUUCCAGUCUCCAAGAGGAAAAGGUAUGCUGAUAUUAUUGUUUCACUGAUGAAACCAGACUGUAGAUAUCUUCUAGACUGUUUUCUUCUGAACAACGAGCAAUUUGCAGGACCGCCCUUCAGUUGCACAGAAAACGACAUCAACACAUUUUAUGGGUCAUAUUGUGCAGUAAAGAAACUUGAUGAGAAAGAUGCAAUGACGGAUUUGCAACGGGGUUGGGGUAUUUCCUACUUCACUGAUCAAGUAUUCCUGAUCCGAAUGAAAAAGAGGCCUCAUGUUGGCUCAUCACUUAUCUGGUAGUCUGGAUAAAUGUGCAGUAUUUAACUCCUUCUCUAAAACAUUCUAUAUUAUUUAUCAUUCCUCUGCCAUACUGUCGGGAAAAAAAAGCAAUUUUAGACGUUUCCUCUAAAAUAUUCUGUAUUAAGCACCAUCCAGAUUACAAUGUUCAUGUCGAAAAAUAUUUUGGCAUAGAAUCAUGUACGUGCA